AUGGAAAGCCCAAAGAGUAAGCAUAGUAGUACGAGUAAAGACGGUGAGGUAGGAAAUGCUCAGACAGAGACGCCUUGCGGGGAACUUUUCAAUCAAACAAUAAAUGUGUUGUAUCCUUUCGAAGCCAAUGAUGAACAAAAUCCCGAUAUCAAUGACGGAGGAAAUACCGAUCACGAAGAUGACAUCAACGAUACUAGCAAGAGCUACCUCGGUGGAAGGGAAGAUCCUGAAGUUCUCAACGAAGCGCAAGAAAUGGAUUGGAGACAAUGGGCCAACAUAUAUCAGAUGAAGAGCAAUGUGAACAGUAACUACAGGAGGAUAAUUGAUAACAAAAUGAAAAGAAUUGAAUCAUAUGUUGGAACGCUGAAGGCCGAAGGUGAUUCUCUUGAAGAAAGUCCUCGAAUCAGAAGGCGAGAUGGUUCAGAUGACUUGUCAAACAACAGUGAACUUACUCCAUUACUGAAACUGUUCAGUGAGGUUAUUAAAGAAAUUUAUCCUGACAUGGAUCUAAAUGAAAGCAAAAGAAGCCAGAAAGUGUUGGAAAUCCGAAGAAAUUUAUAUGUGGCCAGUGUUAUAUUGUCAACAAGUGGAAAAAGCGAAGCACUGGAGAAAUAUCACGAAGUAAAGUCUAUCUUCGAGGAAGCAGCUAUGAAUAUUCGCGAGUUUCUCUCCAACGACGAAAAUCUCAAUAAAGCGAUACUGGAAUACGAUCAGAUUUCAGUAGAGGUACUACAAACUAUGAUGGAACCGUGGAUGACUUUGAUGACGAUAACUUGUGCCGAAUAG